UAACAAAAGUUAUAGCGGUGGCCAUGAAUAUUGGGGGAGUGGCCACUAUAACAAUCUCUGAUAUCCAGGAUACCAACUUUUCCCGAGGCGCUUUAUUGGCUUUGUUUAGUGCAUUUUUCUAUGCCGCCUAUUUGGUGUUUGUUAAAAGAAAAAGUGAUACAGAGGAAAAAAUUGACAUUCCCUUAUUUUUUGGUUUUGUAGGUUUAUGGAAUUUACUUUUAAUGUGGCCAAUAUUUUUCAUUUUAAAUUUUACCAAAAUAGAAAAAUUUGAAUUACCCAAUCAAAAUCAAUUUGCAAUAUUAUUUUUAAAUGGUUUAAUUGGUACCGUAGUAUCCGAAGCUCUAUGGUUAUGGGGCUGCUUUUUAACUUCCUCAUUAAUAGGCACCAUAGCCAUUUCCCUGCAAAUACCUUUAUCUAUACUAUUUGAUGUUUUACUCAAAAAGAAACCCUACUCACCGCUAUUUUAUAUAGGUUCAGUGCCCACUUUUAUGGCAUUAAUGCUUUUAGCUUUACUUAUGCGUAAUGAUGAUUCUGAUCCUCUAAUGCGUUUAUUUAAAGUUAUUUAUAGAAAAUUAUGCAAUUGUAAAAAGCCAAAUAUUGUCAGAAUAAAUGAUGAAGAGCAACAAGAAUCCCUUAUUGGCAGUAAUGACUGAUUUAGUUUAAUUUAUUUUCUCUACAAAAAAAGUAUUUAUUAUUAAGUUACUAACAAUAUACAAAACACACGAAAAUAAAUUGCCUCGAAAUUUGCUCAUUUAAUAACAGAACGAAACAAAUAAACUGGAGAAAACAUAAUUCAAAACUUUUAUAAUAAUUUGGCUGUAGUUUUUAAAAGAAUUAUAUUUUAUUUUUUUCUUU